AUGGCUUCUCUUACCGGAUCCAAUUGCGUCGCUCUCCGUUCCGCCACUUUCGCCGCCACCGGUAACCGUAAAAUCACUCAGAUCCGCCAUUACUCUCCACUUCUCAAUCAUCCCCGUCUGGUUUCCGGUCUUCACUCUAGAUCCAACACUUCGUUUAACUCCACCGGUUUGAGAGCACAGGUUGCUACACUGGCGGAAGCGUCAACCGAAGCAGUUCAGAAAGUGGAAUCGCCGGUUGUGAUUGUUACCGGAGCUUCCAGAGGUAUUGGAAAAGCAAUUGCGUUAGCGUUAGGUAAAGCAGGUUGCAAGGUUUUGGUCAACUAUGCAAGAUCAUCCAAGGAAGCUGAAGAGGUUUCCAAGGAGAUUGAGGCACUCGGUGGGCAAGCUCUAACAUAUGGUGGAGAUGUUUCUAAUGAAGCUGAUGUGAACUCUAUGAUUAAAACUGCAGUAGAUGCUUGGGGAACCAUUGAUGUAUUGAUAAACAAUGCCGGAAUAACCAGAGAUGGUUUAUUGAUGAGAAUGAAGAAGUCUCAGUGGCAGGAGGUUAUUGAUCUAAAUCUCACUGGUGUUUUUCUUUCCACACAGGCAGCUGCUAAGAUUAUGAUGAAGAAUAAAAAGGGAAGGAUAAUCAACAUUUCAUCAGUUGUUGGUUUGAUUGGCAAUGCUGGACAAGCCAAUUAUGCUGCUGCAAAAGCAGGAGUAAUUGGCCUGACAAAAUCUGUUGCAAAGGAAUAUUCUAGCAGAGGCAUCACUGUUAAUGCUGUUGCUCCAGGAUUCAUUGCAUCUGACAUGACUGCCAAGUUAGGAAAUGACCUUGAGAAAAAGAUUUUGGAGGCAAUUCCAUUAGGACGGUAUGGCCAACCAGAAGAAGUUGCUGGACUAGUGGAAUUCUUGGCGCUUAGUCAAGCUGCCAGUUACAUCACUGGACAGGUUUUCACCAUUGAUGGAGGUAUGGUGAUGUAAAUCAGCGAUCUGUUUCCCUGGCAAUUUGAGCUCCUACAUCUAAAUCGCAGUUCAUCGAAAUGGUUUUCAACUACUUCUAUAUGAUGAUAAUUUGUUCUUUGCUGAGUUUUGCUUGAGCUCUACCUUGUGAUUUAUAGUAGAAUCCUAGUUGAGCUUAUUCAUGAAAUCAAAGGUGUUUUAACAAGGUCAUGUUAUAGGAAAUAAUAAUAAUUAUAUUUUCUGGCCUCCGAGGAUUAGUUUUUCCUUCCUAGAUGUUCUUUGCUAGUAGGAACUGGAUUAUUAUGCACUGUUCUAAAUUCUGAUUAUACGCAAUAAAUAUAUGUCAAAGGCAAAGCUAAGUUUUUGUGGCAA